UUGGCGAGAAACAGCAAGUAGGCGUCCACCUCUAAUUCCAUAACAAGGCUGACCUCCCCGAAUUCUUUCCCGAAACCAGCACUUGAGACCUCAAACCCUGGAAAAUUUUCCGAUCGGAUUCGUCGCCGCUCCGAGAGGUGGGAGAUCUCCGUGGUCUCGUCCGAAUCAAUCGCGAUGGGCUUCUGGGUGACGACCCUCAUCUUCUUCUUGGUGGGCGUCGUCGCCGCCCUCUCCGUCCGCCUCUGCUGCAACGGCGGCCCCUCCACCAAUCUGUUCCAUUUUACACUGGUUGUCACAGCGAUAAUGUGUUGUUGGAUGAUGUGGGCAAUUGUAUAUCUUGCACAGCUGAAGCCACUGAUUGUUCCAAUCCUCAGUGAAGGAGAGUGAACUGUUUGUCAAGAAAAGAAUUGUUAUUUGCUGUCAUCCAGCAUCAUGUCUCAUUUCCGACUGCAGCGCAACUUGAGAAAUUCAUGUGCGAUUUUAGAUAUUCGUCCCUUUGAACUAGGGAAAGUGUAUUGCCAGUAAUAAUUUGUACUGGAGAUAUCUUCACAUAUGUAUUCAUGUAGUUCCCUAUUGAUCAAACGAAUGUUGUCUUCAGAUGUUUCUACUCUGAGUUCCUAAAAGAUGGCUAUUUGUUUUUUUUUUUUUUCAAUUUUGCAAAUAUGAAUUUUGUCCAAGGGUGAAUUGAAUGUGCUCAAAACGGUCUAUAUUUA